AUGGCAAGUGCAAGUCAGGUACAGUUGUCUGCAAAAGAUAGUCCUGGAUACCUUCAUGUGGACAACAUUUCCGAGGAGGCAGCGCAAAAAGCCAGUGAUUUAUUGAAUGAAAACCGCGAACAAUACCACGCCUACUUGCAUGGUGCUGGAUUGCACAACCACAUCCUACAUCACCUGCUGGCAAUUUACCCAUUGGGCGCAUCCGCAGCCCAGCUUCAAGCCGCCUAUUCUCUCAAUGCACCAGGCCAGCGGCCGAAGGGAGAUCCCUCCGAUGCAGCGCUGGCUGAAUUGUCAGAGCUCAGCAUCUUCAGGAAGCGCCUCGGUAACGAAAGUUACUACGCAGAAUACUUGAAGUUCUUCACGGACGAGAUUUCGAAACAUGGCGUGGAGGCGACCCUCAAUAGGUUUUGCUUUUGCGGCGACGAGCUCGCAGAGGACUUGUUUCCAAGGCUGUUCGGUGGUCUUCUCCACCCGAUCAUUCAUCUAGGAUACGGUCUCGAGUACAACCAGCCGUCGAUUGUGGCGGAGGCGUUGGCCUCGGCUGCGAUCCACGUCACCUUCGUUGAGCCCAUCUGUUUCCCGGCCGAGAAGCUGGCUGAGCAGAGACGUCCAGAUUCGAACCCUUCCAUCAUGUCGCUCGUCUCGCUCCUGCGCAACGAUCCCGUGGUGAUUACCGCCAUCUCUGAGGAAGACACCCACAACAAACUGUUGACCGACCUCAUGCCUCGCGCGGGGGCUCAUGUCCACGACGUGAUAAGCAGGUAUACAGUGGAACCGGAUCGGCUGCAGGAAUCUCUCGCGGAAAUGCUGAAUACGGCCAUCUAUCUCACAAUUGCGUCGCAACGUCCGGGGAAAGAAAUCAUGUUCGAUUUCUACCUCAUGCACACCGCCAACUUGGCCUUCUUUUACCCGCUCUUCAUGAGUCUGUCCUGGCUGUCGACCGAAAACAAGUGUCGAUUGUUGAAAUGGAAAGUCUGGCUGGAUCUCGCCGUCUAUGCUUCUUGUAAAUGUCCCGACCUUCGCCUCGAGCGCGUCCUACAGUAUCAGCCCGAGCACGAGGGAGGAUGGGACUCCAUUUUUGUCCGAGCGGCGGCAUAUCAAGAUGAUGGACACACCGCCAAACUCAUCCGAGCAAUCAAAAUGGCCGAAAUUGUAUCGCGACCUUACGACGGACGGCCACAGUUCCCGAUGCCGACCGAAGCCUUCUUGCUGGCAGCACAUAUGGUUAUGGACUCGGUGGAGCAGAUGUGCAAGCCGGGUUACCGGAGAGUCGCGGUGGACAACUACAUCCCAGGGAUUCACGAGGAGGUGUUGCGCACUGUUGCACGAUGGAUCAGAUUCUGUGGGACGGAGAUAGCCUGGAAGAACGUGCCGUCGCUCCCUUCGAGCACAACGCCCCGAGGGAGUUAG